AUAUAAAAAAUUAUUAUAGAUUUGAAGAACUGUUACAGUUCGAAAAUCUGUAGAAAAAUUCAGGGAAAAAAAGUGGAAUUUAUAAGUGAAUUGGAGAUGAAAAACUAGAUGAUAAUGGCAAAUUCUAGCAGAGAUCGUGAACUUCUCAUUCCGGUAGCUAACACCGGCGCCGGCGACGAUGGCUCCGGCGACAAGCCUUCAUCUUCAUCCUCAUCUUCAUCUUCAUCUUCUCACCAUCACUCCGGCCGUGAGACUUUCUCUAAAGUUGUUAGGAGCUGGGCGUCUAAGAAAUUCAUGACUGGAUGUGUCAUCCUAUUUCCUAUAGCAGUCACCUUCUACAUAACGUGGUGGUUUAUUCAUUUUGUGGAUGGCUUUUUCUCUCCAAUCUAUGCUCAACUUGGAAUUGAUGUUUUUGGUCUUGGAUUUAUGACUUCAAUCACUUUUAUAUUUUUGGUCGGGGUGUUCAUGUCAUCAUGGUUGGGGACGUCAGUUUUGGGUCUUGGGGAGUGGUUCAUCAAAAGAAUGCCAUUUGUUCGGCAUAUCUAUAAUGCUUCAAAGCAAAUUAGCUCUGCCAUAUCUCCAGAUCAGAACACACAAGCUUUCAAGGAGGUCGCUAUAAUAAGGCAUCCACGCAUUGGUGAAUAUGCCUUUGGGUUCAUUACCUCAUCUGUUAUCCUGCAGAACUAUUCAGGAGACGAAGAGCUAUGCUGUGUGUAUGUUCCUACAAAUCAUCUUUACAUUGGUGAUAUAUUCCUAGUUAAUGCAAAAGAUGUUAUUAGACCAAACUUGUCUGUCCGUGAAGGGAUAGAGAUUGUUGUAUCUGGUGGCAUGUCGAUGCCUCAGAUACUGUCGACACUGGAUCCAGGAAGUAUUCAAGUCAAUAGAAGUUGACCUUACAGAAAACAUAUCUGAUAAAAUGCUCAUCAGUCAUCAAUUUUUCCCCUUUUUUGUUCACGAAAGCUCUUUUUUUUCUUUUUUUUUUUCCAUCUUCUUGAUAUUUGAGGUGUUAGAUUCAGGUCACUUAUGUGACAACUGUGCUGCAGUGUAAAAUGUAGGAAAAUAUAGUUGGUUGAUAAUUUUAAGUUAAUAGGUUCCUCUCCUUUUGCUUAACUCCUAACUUUUAAGGUUAUAUUGAAUGUGUUAUAUUACUCCUA